AUGGCCGCCAAUGCUUCGUUCUCGGCAGAUACUUCGUUUGCUGCUUCUCGCUCGGCUGCUGUGGCUCGGGGGGCCGACGGCACCGUGGCCAUCGAGGACGAGGACGCUGCCGCCCGCAUGGCCUCGGACGCCCAUCUGGCCUUUUGCAUGGCCGGCGACGACCAUACCAUCCGCUACUAUGCCUCGGACGUGCUCGAGUCGCUCAACGUCCGCGUUGUCCUCGACGGGCACGAGUCAUACGUCAACAGCCUCGCCUUUUCUCCGCUCGCCGACGCCGGCGACACCAUCGCCUCCACCUCGGACGAUGCCUCGGUCAAGCUCUUCUCGCUCGAGACCCAGGGCCUGCUCCGCUCGUUUGCCCUUGACUCGGCCGGAAAAGACGUGGUCUUCCACCCGUCGUCGCCGUUUCAGCUCAUGGUGGCCGAGGCCGCCGGCCUUGUCUCGGUCCUCGACCUCCGCAUGGGCGCCGCCGCCUACUCGCUCCUCCAUCCGGACGGUGGCUCGUUCCGCUCGGUCGACUGGUGCGGCCCGUCGCCGUCACGCAUCGGCGGUCUCGAUGCCGACGCUUACUUUGUGUGGGACAUCCGCGCCGGCUACGCCCUCUCCCCGCUUGUCCACACCGGCCCUGCCCACGGCCUCGGCUCGGCCGGCCGCUUCGCCUGGUCGCAUGUCGACGAUGCCGUCUUUGCCACCUCCUCGCUCACCGACACCGUCAAGAUCUGGAACUGCGCCAAGCUCGACGCCCCUGCUGUUCACUCCCAGGCCGGCGCACGUGUCUCGUCGCUCUCCUGGUCCGGCUCGUCAGCCGCCCUCGUCUCCACAGGCGAUGACAAGCUCUACUGCUGGCUCACCUACUGAUCACCACCACCAGCCCAUCCACCC